UCUCAGUACUGAAGCAACAGCGAGGCUGGAAGGUUGUGUGAUUAUGUUAAAUAUGUGAAAUGACGCAGAAAUAGCAGCUAUGAUGUUCGCAGACGGAUUCUGCUCAUGAGAGAAGACGGAGGUUUUUUAAUUUUAUUUUAUGGACAACAGCGUAACGUUUUGGAACAAGGUUCACGUCGGGGUUUUUUCUUUUCUUUUUUCACCCUUUUUUCCUCGGACUCACUGGUGGAACAAUGGAUGAGAGUCGUGGCUGGCCGUGGAAUGUAGCAGGCCUGGAUCCUGCACUCCAGCACUGGAGCUCAGGAGCUGCAGAUGAGUGAGGAGUCAUCCUCCCUGCACCUUAGUCAGCAUCGCUUCACGCUCUUUGUAUCGCACUCGCCAUCAUCUGCCUUGACUUUACCUCACAUUCACUGAAAGUCGGUUUGGAGCAGGUGGCCUGAGUGUCAAUAAUGUUAUCCUGAACUUGAUUCCCAAACAAAGAGCAAUGAGGAACACAAAGGCGAGCGUGCUUCUGGGCUGUGUACUCUUUACCUGCAUCUCCCUGCUUUACCUUGGUAUGAGUGGAGUAGACUGUCCUCCAAAAAGCCAUCGGCACCGGUGGAUGGAACUCACUAUGCGAUCAGCCAAUCAGAGCCUGUCCCUGCCUGAGCACUUUCCAGAAGACACGCCCCUCAUCUUCAUUGGAGGGUUUCCUCGGAGUGGCACCACGCUGAUGCGCGUCAUGCUGGACGCCCACAAUGCAGUGAGGUGUGGAGAAGAAACCCGUGUGAUCCCCCGUCUUCUGGCCAUGCGUUCCACCUGGAGCCGCUCCGUUAAGGAGAGGAUGCGAUUGGAUGAGGCUGGUGUCACCGACCAGGUGUUGGACUCAGCGGUGCGAGCGUUCCUGUUAGAGGUGAUAGUUGGUCACGGAGAGCCUGCACCUCGACUUUGUAACAAGGACCCUUUUGCCUUGAAGGCUCUGUCGUAUUUGGCACGCAUCUUCCCCAAAGCCAAAUUUGUUCUUAUGCUACGAGACGGGCGUGCAACUGUCCACUCCAUGAUAUCACGCAAGGUGACCAUUUCUGGCUUUGACCUGACCAGCUACAGGGACUGUCUGACCAAGUGGAGCGCUUCGGUGGAGACCAUGUUCAGCCAGUGCGAGGCUGCAGGCGUUACCCGAUGUCUGCCCGUUCGCUACGAGCAGCUUGUGCUCCACCCAGAAAUGGAAAUGAGGAAGCUGCUUCACUUCUUAGAGCUGCAGUGGGACGUGUCGGUGCUGCACCACGAAGAGCUGAUUGGAAAGGCUGGUGGGGUGUCUCUGUCCAAAGUUGAGCACUCGACCGACCAGGUGAUGAAACCGGUGAACACCGACGCUCUGGCUAAGUGGGUGGGGCACAUUCCCUCUGACGUGAUGAGUGACAUGGCUGAAAUCGCACCAAUGCUGGCCCGUCUAGGUUACGACCCCCAUGCCAACCCACCUGACUACACGAGACCACAGCCCAUUGAUUCUUUGCUGGACUACUCACAGUAUCUGAAGGCAACAGAGACUCCACACCCAAGUUAAGAGAAGAAAAUUACAUCAAACCAGAAGCAGAGGAAACGCACACAGGAAACUUUUAAAGUGCUCCAUGUGUGUUUUUGCAUUACAGCUAACACCUGUGUGUGAGUGGAGUGUUUUAAAUGCAGACUUACAGAAUGGUUUGGAUUUUAAUCUCAGAUUUCAUAUAUUGACUCAGGGACGUCGCUUUCUCUCACAUGCCUUCACUUCCUUCACAGCAAAAAGAGAAUUAAACUGCGUUUUGAUGUGUGCUGUCACCGCGUACCUGAAAGUAUUUCAACGUGUAAGUUAUGGCGUCACCACAAAUGUGAAGGUCUUGGACAAAUCACUGUUUACCGAUUGUUCAGUGAGAGCUCAUGCAGCAUAACUGUAUAUUUUUGAAGACGUACGUUUAUUUUCUUAAUAAAUUAUUUUAUUGUUGAUCAUUCAUUGAAGAACUUGAAGUUGUUUAUUCUAAAAUGACACUUUCUAACUGUUGUAUGUUAAUGGACAUUAAUAAAAGUCUGUCACUGAAACU